AUGGAUGGUUGGACGGAGGUACGACGCAGGAAAACACCGGCGAAAUUUCAAACUGGAUUGGAUGAAACUAGCUUCUUCGUAUCGAACAUACCCACAGGGGCUACAAAGGAGGAGUUCAGGAAGAUAUUCAACCUAUUUGGUGGGCUAACAGACAUCUACUUCGGGGGCAAAAAGGGAAGAACGAUGCCAAAGUCAUCCAUCAAGUCUGGGAACAAAUCUCAUACGCUGACUUCAAUUCCAGCAGGUGGUGGCUUUGCUGGAAGCAGAACUGUCACACCCCCGGACCAGACGGUGGAAACGUCCGGAGGCGGGUGA